AAAUUGGAAUUUUAUCCCGAAAAAUUUCCAGUAUUUUCCUAAUAUUUUUGUCACUAAUCGAUUUUGUUUUCUAAGAGCGUGUGUAAAAUGGUGUCCGUAUUAAACACAAUCGAUACGGGACAUGAAGACAUGAUUCAUGGAGCUGAGGUUGAUUACUAUGGACUUCGCCUAGCGACGUGUUCGUCAGACAACUCAGUGAAGAUUUUUGACAUCAAAGGCGGAGCGCAAACGUUGGCCGCAGAUCUGAAGGGACACGGUGGUCCGGUUUGGCAAGUCGCUUGGGCACAUCCUCGUUACGGCAAUAUUCUUGCGUCAUGCUCUUAUGAUCGCAAGGUAAUCAUUUGGAAAGAAGCUGGCCCAGGCGACUGGAGCAAAUGGUUUGAAUAUAGCAAUCACGAUUCUUCGGUAAAUUCCGUUGCAUGGGCCCCUGCCGAAUAUGGUUUGAUAUUGGCCUGUGGUAGCUCGGACGGGUCAGUAUCUAUUUUGACAGCUAGUAUCGAAGCUGGUACGUGGGAUUCGAAGAAAAUUCCCAAUGCACACAGCAUUGGAUGCAACACGGUUAGCUGGUGUCCUGCAACGGCUCCGGAGCCGGCGUUUGACCAGAGGCCAUCAAAGGUCAAUCUUGCUGUUAAACGACUUGCUACCGGAGGUUGUGAUAAUUCCGUAAAAAUUUGGAAGGAAGAAGGUGAUCGCUGGGAAGAGGAGAAACGGUUGGAACUGCAUUCGGAUUGGGUUCGAGAUGUUGCUUGGGCACCGAAUGUUGGACUUCCUCGUCACCAGAUUGCUAGCUGUUCGCAGGAUCGACGUGUUAUAAUAUGGAGCAGCGAUGAUUUGCAGAAUUGGCAGUCAACGAUUUUGAACAACUUUGAUGAUGUCGUUUGGAACGUGAGCUGGUCCUUGACUGGAAACAUACUUGCCGUUUCCGGUGGGGACAACAAAAUCAGUCUGUGGCGCGAGAAUAAUGAAGGACAAUGGAUUUGCAUAAGCGAGGAUACCAAUACGGCCAGCCAGGUACAUCCAUUGAACCAAACUCAGAACAGCUUUGUUUCGGAGCAGAGAACGUUGUAAUUGAUUUCGGGCGGUAGCGAUAUAUGUGUAACGAUUAUUAUGUCUUAUUAUUAUUUCCUUGCAUUUUAUGUAAACUAUAGUUGCAAAUAAACGUAUGCAGAACAAUAAA